GCGCUGAGCACCCCCCGUGCCUCAGUUUCCCCUCGCCGGUGCCACCGCUGCCACCGCGGCCAUGUGGAUGGUGUCACCGCCGGUUGAUGAAGGAUGUCACCAGCUUGCCUGGCUUUGGGACCACGGCACAGGCAGGCCCCCACGGUGGGUUGCAGGUAUUUUCCAGACCACCAAGAAAUUGUUCCUGAGGGAGAGACCAGGUUGGGGCCGGAUCCUGGAAUUCAUCAGGAAAAAUGCUGCCAAUGGGCUCUCUGUGGCCAACCUGGUGGCAGGGCUGUCCUCUGUCCUCUGCAGCCUCAACAGGCUGGUUGUGCCCUCCCCAGGCAGUACCACCACUCCUGCUGGCUGCUGCUCCUGGGCUUCCUGCUGGAUCUGGCUGAUGGAGCCGUUGCCCGGCAGCUCAAUGCCUGCUCGGCGCUGGGGGCCAAACUGGAUGACUUUGCUGACUUCACCACCUUCGGGCUGGCCACGGCUCUGCUGCUGCAGCCACAGGGGGUGCUGGGAGGGCUCUUGGCCAUCGCCUACGUCAUGGCCGUCUUUGCUCGCCUCUGCUUCUUCUCCAGUGCUGGGAUCCCCUUCACCUACCGGGGGCUGCCCUGUCCCUACGCCUCCUCGCUGCUGGCCAGCACCUUCCUGCUGACUGGGGGCAAUGUCCUCCUGCUGCGGGUGGCCGCGGGGGUCACCAUCCUCUUCAUGGUGGAUCAGGGCUUCUACCCCCACGACAAGGUGCUGGAGUCCCAGCUCUGGAAGAAACUGGUUUACACUGGAGGGGUGGUGGCCAUCCUCUUCUCACCGGCAGGGCUGGCUCCUGUCUACUGCCUCGCCUGGUCCAUGUCCUACAUCUGCUUCCCCUUUGCCCUCUGGAGCUGCAAAGCCUAACCCUGCCCUCACCCAACACCAAGAAACACCUUCCUCCUCCUCCUCCUCCUCCUCAGCCAUCUCCCUUAGCUCCUCUCGCUUGU